AUACUUUUGUCCUUUGGCUCGUUGACAUGUCUUGCAGACUUCAUCUUGUGUUCAAUGCUUUCUGUGCAUUCGAUGUUCUAUCGGAAAGCAGGCUGCGAAAACCUUUUCUGGCCGUUGGUGAGAUUUCUUCCUUAGGCCUAUGUCAUCGUUUGAUUUGGGUCACUGAAGAGGAAACAAUCCUUUGGUCCUCUGUGCUUAUUGGGUUGAACUCUUUGUGCACCACAAUGUCUACUAAAUCCGGCACCUCUUGGAUCCAGUCUGCCAGUGAUAGAUCCCCACCUGCAUUCUUUGAGGCAUUUGAUAUCUACUUCAAGCAACAUGGACACCAGAGAUACGCACAAGCAAUCCGGGAUAGCAAUCUGGACAUGGAUAUCAAAUUAGACUUGUGGCAAAAAUUCAAAUACUGGAAGGCCAAUGAAGGAGUCCAAUUCUGGCUGGACCGGCAAUCACAAUCAUCUCAGAUGAAAACUGCAUCUACUCUUGUCAAAGGAUCAGAGUCAUAUGCCAAGGACUCGAUUCAUCAUACUGAACCUUUGAUGCAUUCAAUAAUAUCUCAGGCUGGACACAGUAAGAAGCGGAGUCUUAACACAAACUUUGUUGAAGGUCUGCAAAUGACUCCAAAGCGACGAGUAACCCCUAUAUCCAUGCCACGGAUCUCAACAACCUCAGUGGACAGCCCAAAUCUUAUUCCAACCACAUACAGUGAGGAGAAUCUAUUCAUGGAUGAUGUCGAUGAAGACGAUUUUAUGAUUCCAGACAUCACAGGUGAUUCAUAUCGCUUCUCAGCGAUACUUGAUGGGCUAGACAUUGGAGGUAGCUUUGGACAGCUAUUUCAAGAUGUAAAAGCAAAGAAAGUCUAUGUGACAGACACAGAUCAAGCUCUAUUGACUUUUUCGGGGGAUCAUUUCUUGCAAUCCGUGAAAAAGUCCUUACAAAAUUGGAAGAGUGUUGAUGUAACAGUAGUGCGUAAUGAAGUCCGGUCACGGCUUGAUCACUUUGAGGAUCAUGAUUUCGAUAGGGCUAAGUGCCUUGAGUUCUUGUUGUCUUGUGCAAAAGAUCCCAAACAUCAGCGACUGUGGACAUAUUUUGUCAGUGCUCUACAAGAGUUUCCUUCCUCAGACACAGCCAGAGUUUACUCUGAGUCUACAGCAAUUUCGUCAUUUAUCUUAUCGAUUUGUAGAGUGUUUGUCAGUGCACCAGACAAGAAGUUGUUUUUGGACUUUGUGGACUCAGCAAACCAUGCUGGAAAGGCAAGUAUCAGCAGAAAAGAGCCAGACCUAGGUUUGAACUUCAAGGAUGACUCCAACAAAACAAUUUGUAAUGUUGGCAUUGCAGAAGUAACCUCGAUUGCACAGAAAGGCUACAAGAAAAAGAAUGCCAAAGACCUUGUACGUGUUGGUGAGAUGUUGAAGAAUGCACUGGACCAUCUGCAGGACGACUUUGGCAUCACUGACGCAGUUGUACCUGGCUGGCAGGUUAUUGCACAUGUCAUGUCCAUUUACAUCAUGUUCAGAUGUGGGAACCUUUAUCUCAUGGUGUAUGUGAAAGAUGUAACCAUCCCAGACAGCCUGAACAGUCUGAAAAAUUUGGGUGUUGAUAUCAAGACAUGGUUAGAGUUGCAAACAACAAUUACAUUUGGAUUGCAAAAUGUCCUCAAACAGGCUUCCUCGGGCAAGAAGCAAGUGGUCACUCCAGGAUCUCAUUUUCUUGAACGAAUUUCAACUGUUGGUACCCCAGAAUUCAAGACUUUUCUCACCAAGAAAUAG